AUGGAGAGUGAUUUGCAUGAACUUGAGCCAAUUGAAGAGUAUGAGAAUGAGGAUUCUCUUGAAAUUAGUGAUAAGGCUACUGUUGAAGCAACCAUUGAUACUCCUAUUAAUGAGGAUCCAAAUGAAAAGAAUGUUUAUAAGAGAAAGCCUAGGAAGAAAACUUCUACUGUAUGGAAUCAUUUUGAGCAAGUUGAGGUUUCUGGUAGACACUUGGAGUCGUGUUUGAAGUACGUAGGUUCAAAGAAGAAGCAAAAGGUUUUGUCAGUUGAGAGUAAUGCGUCUGGUGAUGUGGGCAUCAUUUCAAAUUUCCAGUUUGAUGAAAAUUCUGACUGGCGGUUAAAUAGGCGUGUGUUGAACUUUUGUAAUAUUCCGCCUCCACACUCUAGACUUCUUAUUGCUGAUGCACUUCAUAAAUGUUUUAGAGACUGGGGUAUUGAGAGUAAAGUUUGUUCAAUAACUGUAGACAAUGCCAAGGCAAAUGAUGUAGUAUUGAGGCACUUGCGAGAUGUUUUUAAUAUGAGAAAAUCUCUUGUAGUUGGGGGCAAGUUGUUUCAUGUGUGUUGUUGUGCACACAUAACUAAUUUGAUGGUUCAGGAUGGUCUUGGCGAGAUUGGAGAUAUUGUUGAUUAUGUGAGGGACGGAAUAAAAUUCUUGGUAGCAUAUGAAGGAAGAUUAAAGCAAUUUACUGAAAUUGCAAAGAACUUGCAUUUGUCAUCCAAGAAGUUAUUUUUGGACGUACCUACUCGUUGGAACAGUACAUAUUUGAUGUUGUCAGCUGCAUAUGAGUUUAAGGAUGUAUUUUCUAUGUAUGGAUUCAACGAUCGUCAAUUUACUUGGGUGCCAUCGCAUGAAGAUUGGGAUAAAGUCAAAUCUGUCUGUGAACUUUUGGGGGUCUUUAAUCAAGUAACCAAGAUUGUAUCUGGUAGUGACUAUCCAACAUCAAAUUUAUUCCUUCCUGAAAUUUGGCGAAUGAAAGAGGUUCUAACUAAGAAAUGUGAUGAUGAAAAUGAUUACAUUAGAUCUAUGGCACGUCGAAUGAAAGCCAAGUUUGAUAAAUACUAG